AUGGAGAUACUAUAUACACAUUCACAUAAUGACCUGUCUAGGUAUCUUCAAUAUCUCAACAGAUUGUUACCAUCAUCAACAUCAACAUCAUCUGUUGAUGAAUGGUCUGAGAGUAUUAGUAGUGUAGUUAACGACAUCAUUGAUAAUGAUAAUAUACAUACAACUUCUCCCAAAUCAUUCUCUCCGAAUGAUCUUGAUAGCUUAUCAACUGAAGAUGAUGAUGACGAAGACAACAACAACAACAAAAAUGUACUUCAAUCAAUCAACAACAGAUUACAUGAUGUAACACCGAUCACAGAUUCAAAGGUAUCCAUCACAAAGAUACAUAAUGUCAUAACAAUACUUGAAGUGCUCAAGUCGAUCUCUACACUCUUAAACAAACACAACGACACUCUCUUGUUGUCGAUCAAUAACCAGAAACUUAUUAAACUUGCAAUGGAUGUUGUUAUUGGAUGGGGAGUACUACCUUGUCUACAACGUGGCGUUGGACUGCCCCCUGUCAAUAGACUUGCUUUGCCAAAAGACUCAUGCAAGAUGGACCAAUCAGAGAUGAUGCUAUACUCAUGGGAGCGCAAUGGUCAGACAUUCAUUGGCACAUACCUCUUUGCAAUCACAAAGGACAUGUUGGGACUUCGCGCGACAAACCUCGACUUCAACGCCAUUAUAAUCUCUAGAUACCUACCCGAUGUAUUUAGUGCGUUGUUACAAUUGAUUAACGUGUCGCGACAAUAUUCAUCAUUGACAACCGAUGACAAGCAGUACUGUGCACAACAGAUUGAUGUACUACUGUUUGGUGUGCAUCCCGAGCUCAUAUUCGAAUCAUUGACGAUGCUCCUGCAGGCGGCUGGCAGUGCUGUGGAUGAGAGUGGCGCUCACGUGGCUGCGCCCGCCUGGCUGCCCAAAUGUCUGUCUCUGAUGCUGUCCAAGUGCUUGACGCGACCACAUUCAAUCGCCACAUUGUUCAACACAGUGCUCCAGCCACAGCCUGGCAAAGACCUCAACAACUCGAUGCGUAGUGUCGUCCGUCUAAUCACUUCGACGCCAUCUUCAAAUCAGACGUCGUCCAAUGUGGACGACUACUAUUCAAAGAUCUGUCCUCAACUCAUUGCAAUACUACAUCGACGUAAUGAUCCAAAAAGUGGCAUUGCCCACGAGAAGGUCAUUGAGACCAUAGUGCUCAUCGUGGAUACAAUGUUACGAACUCAUUCCAAUGAGACAUUCAAACAUCUCAUCGAUCCAAUCAUUCAGCCACUCAUUCAAUUCAAGGUGUUCUCCAAGCGAACACCAUCAUCAUCAUCAUCUGGCACGUCCAUUGAUGAGGGCAUCAUGAUCAAAGAGGUGGAUCUAUUCCAUUGCAUUGAAGAUCUUCAUAAACUACUUUCUAGGCUCUCAACCAAUCAAUCAUUGUUGGCAUACUUGACACUGACCAUUCCAACAUUGUUCCAACUACAUUGUUUCCUUUCCAAGUCGAUAUCAUCACUGAAGACAUCAUGUAGCGAGAUACUAUCGACUUACUUCAAGUUCUACAACAACUCAAUCAUUCAAUUGAAGAAUCUGAUAAUUCCUCCAUCAGACGCAGACGAGACUUCAAAGACAACAUCUGACACAUCAUCAACAACAUCAACAUCAUCAUCUCAAUCAGAGUCAAAGUCAGACAAAUCAUUAUUGGAACUGGAGGAUAUCAUGUUGGAUGCGAAUGAUGAGGACGAGGAAUUGGAAUGUUUGUCAUUCGCAAUGGGCGGGAAUGGUGGAGUGGUGGCCAAGUACAUACCAUACUUUGAAAGGGACUUCCAACGCGAAGCGGAAUGCCUCGUACAAAUGCUUCAACUGAUGAAGAAUGACAAGUUGGCUGGCGAUCUCUUCAUUGACCUACUUAACGAGUUUGCAAUGGUGGAGCAAGGCGUCAAGAAGAGCUCAUCCAAGCGCUACUUUGUCCUCAUGCAGUUCAUUGUGAUCAUCAGUGAGCAGCUGGGUGCGGCGGCCAUCAAGAACGUCGUCCAGGUGUGCACGCUGGUUCGCGUCCUGCUUCAGAGGUCGCUGGAGAAGAUGGCUAAACAGAAGGAGACAGAGGAUGAUGUGGAGACUAUCACCAUCGCCCUUGGUAUCCUAUCGACCCUGCUCAUGGGUGAUAUCAAGGUCAAGAAAGAAGAGGAGCUACUGGUAUUCGACAUGUUGUCCAUGAUGGAGAAGUUAAUAAUGCAUCCAAAUGAAGUCGUCUCUGCGAUGGCCACACAGAUAACGACGAUCAUCACAACAAAGCAACCUACAUGGCUGGAGCAAGAACCGUCUGAUCAUAAUAGCUCAUCGGUAGAGUUGGACGAUGCUGCCACACUCAAAGAGAUACUUGAGGACCUCUCACAUCCGUUGUUGCCAGUGCGUGCACACGGACUGAUUGAGCUCAGAAGACCCAACUCAAUGAUGAAGACCCCACUUGGAGACAUAUUUGGAGCAAAGAUCAUACCGAUAUUGACUGCUCAGUUCAAUGAUGUCAAGUUCAAGGAAGACAGGCGAAUGAAGAUUGGCGAGUCAUUGGUACAGAUAUCCCAACGAUGUGGUGACGCCUUACCUCAAUAUUCAUCCAAACUAUUCCAUUCAUUCUUCUUGGGUUGCAGGGAUAAUAGUGUUGGUGUUAGAGCCAGCAGCUUGUCCAACUUGGCCACAUUGUGCGAGUUGCUAAAGUUCUCAAUCGAUCAGUAUAUGGUAGAGCUGUUUGGUUGUUUGGAGGGUAUAUUAAGAAGUGAGAAGGAGGUUGAAGUAAGACGUGGUGCAAUAUUCGUAUUCCAACUAUUGCUUAAAGGUAUUGGAAUGGAAGCAUUCUCAUUAAUACCAGACCAACUUAAGAAUAUCUAUCAAAUACUCAAGUUCAUCGAGUCCACUGACAAGGAUAUAGUAUGUAAGCAUCAUGCUGUAAUGGCACUUCAAGAACUGGAUUCGAUCACUAGGCAAUUCAUCUUCCCUACAUAA